GUUAGGCGGCUGAGUUUGUUUACGCUGCUCUCGGGUUUGGAGGCUGCCGCCUUCUGCUCCGACUGCAAGAUGGGGAAAUCCUUCGCCAACUUUAUGUGCAAAAAGGACUUUCAUCCUGCCUCCAAAUCCAAUAUUAAAAAAGUAUGGAUGGCAGAACAGAAAAUAUCAUAUGACAAGAAGAAACAAGAAGAAUUGAUGCAACAGUAUCUUAAAGAACAAGAAUCGUAUGAUAAUAGGUUGCUUAUGGGAGAUGAACGUGUGAAGAAUGGCCUUAAUUUCAUGUAUGAGGCUCCACCAGGAGCUAAAAAAGAAAACAAAGAGAAAGAAGAAACAGAAGGAGAGACUGAAUACAAAUUUGAAUGGCAGAAAGGAGCCCCUCGAGAAAAAUAUGCCAAAGAUGACAUGAACAUCCGAGAUCAGCCCUUUGGUAUUCAGGUUCGAAAUGUGAGGUGCAUUAAAUGUCACAAGUGGGGUCAUGUCAACACAGACCGAGAAUGUCCUUUGUUCGGUCUUUCUGGAAUCAACGCAAGUUCAGUUCCUACUGAUGGUUCAGGGCCAUCGAUGCACCCCUCGGAGCUAAUAGCGGAGAUGAGAAACAGUGGGUUUGCACUGAAACGAAAUGUACUGGGGAGAAACUUGACCGCAAAUGAUCCAUCACAGGAGUACGUUGCAAGUGAGGGUGAAGAAGACCCAGAAGUUGAAUUUUUAAAGUCUCUAACAACCAAACAAAAACAGAAGCUUCUCCGGAAAUUGGAUCGGCUUGAGAAGAAAAAAAAGAAAAAGACAAAAGAUAGAAAAAAGAAAAAGCUUCACAAGAGAACUAAACACAAAAAACAUAAAAACAAAUCCUCUUCUUCCUCCUCCUCCUCGUCUUCUUCUUCCUCCUCCUCCUCCUCCUCCUCUUCCUCCACUGAGACUUCAGAAAGCAGCAGUGAGAGUGAGAGUGACAGCAAAGGGAAGAAAAGAGAAAAGAAGAAAAGAAAGAAAAACAGGUGUUCCGGGAAUAGCAAUGAUUCUGAAGAGAAGGACAAGUCUAAGAAGAGGAAACUUUAUGAAGAACUUUCUAGCAAUCACAGCAAGGAAAAAGCCAAGGAAAAGCUUGGGUUUUUAAAACAGGAGCAUUCUGGGGAGAGUAGCAAACGGGGCCAUUCUGAUUAUGACAGAAAGGCCAGAAGCCAUAACCAUGGCCCAGAAAAGAGAAGAUCUGAAAGACACGAGGGGAGCAGCAGAGGCCACAGCAGGGAUGAGAGGAGGAGGAGCCGAAGCCGAAGUCCUGAUGGUUACAAGCAGAAGGAGACAGGAAGGCAGUCACAGUGGAGUCCCAGGGAAGAGCGGAGUGGAAGAAAUGAUGUCAGAAGCCACGGCACACAUAAACACAGAGAAAACACAGAGAGAGAGCACUCGGGAGAUAAACGGACAAAAGUGACACAGCGGCGAAGCAGGAGUAGAGAAUAAAGAGAAUGUGUGUGGCAAUCACCUGGAAACAAAACCGUCUCCAUUUUCUCACUGAGUACCUUUCGCAAGGGCUAACUUGUGUGCUAUGUGUUUCUAAUGAAAAAAAAAAAACUUUUAAUUUUCCAUUUCUGUAACUUGUCAUUUCAAGUAUAAAACUGUAUGUGCACUGUAAGAAUGAAUUUUGCAAAUAUUUAUAAGUAAUCUGAGGGCUGUAGAAACAAUUUCUAUUGGUAACUGUUUUUUGAGCCCUGUCCCAGAUAAAAACCCCAUAUAACUCUGUGACAUUUCUUUGUUCUGAAAUAUCAUUAAAAGAAUGACAGUACAUUGAA